AUGGAUUUUCAAAAGUGUCCAUAUGAGCAUACACUUUUUGUGAAGAUUGGGAAUGAUGCGAAAAUCCUUAUUGUAUACUUAUAUGUUGAUGAUCUUAUAUAUACUGAGAAUGAUAGUGCCAUGUUUGUUGAAUUCAAGAAGUCUUUGAUGGAUGAGUUCGAGAUGUUUGAUCUUGGUAAUAUGCAUUACUUUCUUGGAUUAAAAGUGGUGCAAUCUGAUUAUGGGAUAAUUUUUUUCCAAAAGAAGUAUGUGCGAGAAAUUUUAGAUAGGUUCAAGAUGCUGAACUGCAAUCCCACCAACACACCAGUUGAGUUUGGCUUAAAACUAAACAAAGUUGGGAGAGGAACGAAGGUGGAUAGCACUCUUUACAAACAAAUUGUGGGCAGUAUAAUGUACCUCAAAGCCACAAGACUCGACACUAUGUAUGCAGUAAGUCUUGUAAGUAGAUAG